AUGACUAAAUUCUCGGAUUUCUUUCGUGACGUCGGCGGAUCCAUCACUGGCGCUUUCUACAUCAAGAGCGGCAGACGCAGCCACAAACCUACCAGCACCAAACGCCCAGACACUCCUCCCUGCUAUCAAGAUCUUUUUGGACCAUUGACUCAGGUUCCAACAGCCUUGGACGCAGCUGCAGAGCAUGAAGCCUUCUUGAUGCGAAUCGCUCGCGAUCCAUCAAUCCUUGAGCACAAUCCAGACUCGGAGGGAGAUUUCCCACAAGAAACAUUGUCAGACCGAAUGGCACACGACCCAUCAACCAGAGAGCGCCGCGUACGCCCGAACCGAAUCACAAACCAUAUUCCUGUCGCUUCUCGCAUCUACUCAAUGUUACCGCAGGUAAUCAUUCCUGUUUCACAAGCUGAGGUACAGCCGCGCGAAGCCACUCCUCCACCAUAUGACCAUAGUGAUAACUUGGUCAUUCCAGAGCCAGAAGUUGAUACUGCUGAGCCAUUUUUACAUCUUGUCGAGGAAGCUAUCACAGCUUCAUCUCCCCAAGCCAGAGCAGUUACUCCUGAGCAAGAAAACACUCAUCAGGAAGAUACAAUUGCCUCCCAUUCUGGCCAUCAAUCAAGAGUCAAUACUCAUCGUUCAUCCCCAGGUCGCUGUAUGAGUUCUAAUAAUACCGAAGAUGCUCAAUUACCACCAAGAGUCGUCAGCAACCCGGAGCCACGAGCCUCAGUAUCCAGACUUCCAGUUGCAAUUAGAUCCACUUCAUUGCAAGAUAGAUCCACUGCUACUCAUCACCCAAGCUCGCGACCAGAGCCUUCUAGCUCACGCCGAGUUGGAGGCCAAUCAGCUGCUCGCGAACAUGGUGAAACAUCUCAUGUGCAGCCAAGAGCUGUUAGUACUCCCCAGCCAGCCGCACGAUCAUUUAUCCCAGUUGCUGUUAGACAAUAUUCAACACAACCAAGAAGUACCCAUGAUUAUGGAGAUAUCAUUCAACGCCAUGCACGUGUAUCGGAUCAUCAUACUAGCUUGGUAAGAACCACAGAAAGCACAGCGCAACAACUGCCAAUGCCAAGACAGCGACCACAUCUUGUUGUUGCGCAAGAUGAGUCGGAUGAAUUAACAGGAGAAGAAAAUCCUGUUGAGAUCCAAAAUUUCCUGGCUCGCGAUCGAUCUGCCUCUGAUAAUGGCCACCAAAAUUCUCAGGGUGCUUCAUCUUCAGGAGAUCUUACCACUUUAAGAUCAGGACAUGAAUCUCAUCGGGAUACUGCAUCCGGUACUCAAGAAGAUCAUCAACGAAGCGCACGCAGCAAUGAAUCCGAUACUAGAUCAAGAAAUGAAGCUGUUCAUUCUGACAGAUCCAGAGAUUCCAAUGUCGGAUUGGAUACACAGAAUAGACAGCCCAACACAAAUGUCUCUAGGUCUGGAUCUUCUGAAACUUUAAGACCUCUGCCUGAGCAACGUGAUCCAGUUCACCCAGGUAUCACCUCUCCUCUAUUGAUCGCAGAACUUCACCAUGGUAGAGCCAACGGAGCAACUAGACCAACAGUUAUUGGUCAACAUCUUGCUGAGCAACUUGAUGCCGCACGAGCUGCACGUGGCCUACCUAGGUCGCCACGUAUGUGGGAUAUCCCUACACCAAAUGAUGAAAUCAGCAAUCCUGUUCAUCCGGCAGACUUCCGCGAAGGUGGGUAUCAACCAACUAAUAGGGACCCAAUCUCACGCGCAGAGCGUCCACCUGCUCGGUCAAAUGGCACAAUGCAUGGCGAACACAGACAACGCUAUGCGAGACAUCAAGGCGCUAUUGAUAGUAUGCGCAGUCGAGAAAUGGAAUUUGACCAAGAGCUCAAAGAGAUCCGUGAACAGGAGAGACAGAGAGCCAUCCGAGAGGUAGAGGAGAGAAGACAACACGAGAGAGAGAGAAGACACAGAGAGAGAGCACGCAGAGCAAGAGAGAAGAAAGAGCGCCAACAGAGAGAAAGAGAGGAGUUGAAGGGAAAGAGAUCAGAUGCCGUUGAUAGUAUUCUCCAACCCAUCCAUAUCGAUCGUUGUUUCUGUUUUGAGGAAUUCGGAGAUGGUGGCUCGCCCCAUGAGCGUGUGAAGUUGGCGCACUGUACACACGUUUUUGGAAGAAGUUGCAUCAAGGAGUGGUUGAUGAAGAGUGAUACCUGUCCAAAUGUGUGGCUGCCCACUCUGCUCUGA